GUCUUCUGGUAUCUCUUAUCUGUUCUACAGAAUUUAGUGUUACUCUGUGUGAUCGGUUUCCAUGGCUAGGGCACAUCUUAUAUCUUCUCCUAACGUCUCUUCACUCACAACUGGUUCAAAUCUUUGGGGCAGGAAACUCUCCUUCAACACUAUUUACUUUCAAAGUACAUUAGGUUCUGAUGGAUCAAAAGCUUCUAAGCACAGUAUAAAAGCUGAAAUACAGUAUAAUCCUUUGAGGUUUCAACAAUCACCUUUUAAUCAUAACUACAAAAGCAUUGAUAGAGGAGCAACAUGUGAAGUAACCAAUAAAAAUUAUGUUGUGAAAGCCGACUCUGUUCCAUCUUCUGAGUCAGAAUCUGAAUCUUCCAACUCCAAAAAUAUUGUGAACUCUGUCAAAACUUUUAUGGCCGUUUUGUACGAAUUUAUUUACCCUUACGCAUUAUUUGCUCAGACAUCAGCUUCAAUUUCUGCGUCUCUGCUUGCAGUAGAAAAACUAUCAGAUAUAUCUCCAUUGUUUUUUAUUGGUUUGUUGCAGGCUGUGUUACCCCACUCUUUUAUGCUUCUUUACGUCAAUGGAGUUAAUCAAUUGUUUGACUUUGAAAUAGACAAGAUAAACAAACCAUAUCUUCCAUUGGCUUCUGGCAAAAUAUCCUUCAGAAGUUGCGCCAUUAUUGUUGCCUUAUCUGCAAUUUUGGGUUUAGGGAUUAACUUGAUGAUAGGUUCUCCUGCAUUGAUUUGGAACUUUGUGUUGAGCGUUACAUUAUGGACUUGCUAUUCUGUCAAUUUGCCUUUCUUACGAUGGAAGAAAAAUCCGGUGCAGACAUCACUACUCAUGUUUUUUUGUUGGACACUUUUAAUUCCAAUUACAUACUUCCUUCAUAUGCAGACGUUUGUGUUGAAGAGGCCACUUGUGUUUACAAGAUCUUUGAUUGUUUCUCUGCUGUUCAUGAGUUUCUACUCUAUUGGUUUAGCAUUAUCCAAGGAUAUACCUGACGUAGAAGGAGAUAUAAAACAUGGCGUUGAUUCUUUCGCCGCACGUUUGGGCCAGAAAAAAGUAUUUUGGAUUUCUGUCUUCCUUUUUGAAAUGGCAUUUGGAGUUGCCUUUCUGGCAGCAGCAUCAUCUUCAUCUCCCUUUUGGAUUAAAUUUGUCACGAGUCUGGGAAAUGUUGCUCUUGGUUCAAUUCUGUGGUACCAAACCAAAUACGUAGAUGUGACAAAUCCAGCUUCUGGUAGAUCCUUCUAUUCAUUUAUGUGGAAGUUGUUGAUGGGCUCAUAUGUUCUCCUGCCUUUAAUUAGAUAAGGUGUCACUCAAGAUUAAACCAAGUUUUCAACACAUGCAACAGAAAUACACCCUUCGCAUCUAAAUUUAUUGAAGCAAUAAACAUUACACAUAUAUGUGUUCCUCUAGAUAUGAUGAGUUUUGUAUCACUGAGGGGUUUUUUUUUUCUUUUUUCUUAAUUGUGUGAUGAUUUUCAUUAAAGGAAUAAGAAAAUAGAAACAACUUGUUAUGAUAAGAUUAACCAAAAGUAUACGAGUGGUAGUAAAUGAGCUUUUUUCUGCUGCAAGUGUUAUUUUAUAAAUACUCAAUAAAAAAUCAUCACCCUAUAUGUGUCACAGAAGCAUAAGUCUUUCA